CGAAUUGCGCACCGCAACCCAUUACGAAGAAGAAGGAAAUGGCGGCCGGUAGAGUGGAAUCCUAAGCGAACACGUAAUACCUCAAAUAACUGCUUUAAGAAGAGGAUUCAAAACAAUAAAGAAGCCCUUGUCAUCAUUAUCACUAUCACAUUGAAGAAUCCACACAAUCACCAUGAAUUACCAAAAGUUCUAUACAAAUGGGAUCCACUCCAGUUCUCUACUUUGCCAGCUGGCCACCAUGUGGAAGUCCCAAACACUAUGUGACGCCAUUAUCAAGACGGGAAACAUUAACACAAAGGCACACAGGCUAGUUUUGGUAGCUGCCUGUCCAAUGUUGCAAUCCAUGGACAAUGCAUCCAUUGGAUCUCACUUAGAAGUUCGUCUUGCAUCAGAAAUCAAGCAGGAUUCUGUCAACAUGUUUCUGCAAUACUUAUAUGAGGGCUUCAUGAUGCUAACCGAGGACAAUCACAAAGACAUUGAAAAAAUCGCCAGACUGUUGCAGGUCGACAGUGUCAUCAAAUGUUGUGCAGACUUUUGUAAGAGUUUACAUGAGAAAACCGGGCUUUCUAUAUAUUCUGCUGGACAGUUUAAGUACACGUCACACGAUAUGUUGGAGUUCAAACAUGUAAGGGUAUCGGGUAUGCAAAAGACGGUUCAGGACAGUAUGAUGAAACGUCACUCAGAUUUCCAACGACCAAACAGCCCAGGAUCAAAAAGACCCAGAAUGCACAGACCAGGAAGUCCCUCCGAUGGUCAGCGUGGUGAUAAUAUGUAUGGACAUUCUAGUCAUUCCGAUUCUGAUAGAGUUCCCCGACUUGGUUUAGGAUCGUUUCCAGGUGCUGCUGGACGCAAUCUCCAGCCAGGUGUAAUCGAGGUUAUUGAGGACAGUUUAGAAUUGGUGCAGACAGAACCUGUUGAGAGAGACCCUGUCACAGGAAGACCUUUAGAUUCACGACCUCCGGUGCAAAAAACUGUCGCAAUAUCGGUAGCAAGUCAGGUUACUGGGGGUGACCCGGACCUGCAAAUCGUGAAUGUUUCUGGUGUGAGAGACUCGUCAUCAUCAUCAACAUCUCGUACUCAUCUGUCAACAGCUACACAUACCACAUCUACACCCAUAGCUCGCGAUUCACGGGGGUCCUCAGCACAUUCCUCAUUCUCGUCACAACAGUCGUCCCAAUCCAUGAGAAGUGACAUUCCUAUGACAAGUUCAUCACGUGUUUCAACCGAGAGAGCAAUGCCCCAAAUGCCGCGUCCAGAUAUUCAGAGAUCCAUGCAAAAUCAAUUUGCCAGUGACUUGCUACAGCAACAACAGAAGCAAUCCACUUCACAAUAUCCUUCUAUUCCACAAGCUCUAAUAGACAUGGAUUUCACUGCAAAUAAACAGAAAUCUUCUGAUGUGUUCCCAACUAGUUUACAAAAAGCUACAGAUGUUUUCCCAACUAGCAUGCCAAAACCCUCCGAUAUUGUGUUCCCAGGGAUGCCAAUGGGCAGUCAACAAAACAGCACACCAAUGGCACAGUCGAAACCAUUUGCCGCUGGUAGUGCCGGUCAGGCCAACCAGUCAGUCCCUGUUCACAUCAACACCUCGUCAUCUUCCAGUAGUCCCAUCACAAGUCUACCUCCCGUUUCUCCCGUCAUUCCAGAAGCGUCUUUAUUUGGUCUAUCAGCCUCCUCUCCCAGCAGCAAAUCGUCACAACCAACGACCUCAAGGUCUGAAAGCAUGGAGAGGCCCAGUUCCAGUGAACGGCUGAAAGAGGAAAGGCCUCCUACAGCAGCAGAUUUAAUUGGCCCAGACAUCAGCAUAGUAAAAAUAGAGUCAACAGACAAAGAUGAGACGGGGGUAUUAGAUAUGUACGUUGACACUGGGGAUGAUGGCGAGGUGCAUCCUCAUGGCAUGGAGGGGGAAGGUGAUCAAACUUACGAGGGCAGCGACUAUGAUGUAGAAGAACCUCCUGGGGAAAUGGAGGGCUCAAAUGAAGGCAGCAAUUUAAGUGGAGAUCAAAAUGCAUGGUACCUCAAUACAAUGAAAGGAGAUGAGGAUUUCACAUUUAUACUGCCUAACCAGGAGCUCCUCCCCACACAACUCAGUGUCCAGCGACCAGUACAGAAAUAUGUUCCGGCGACACAGAAGAGGACGGAGCGCGACAUCAAGUUCAUUAAAGCAUGGCUCCGAUCUAAAGCGAUCCCUGACAACAUUGAGUAUAUGUCUGAUCAGGAGCUGAACGAGGCUUUGAUACGGUUUUACAGCGAGGUACGAACCCGAGACAACAAGCAGUUCACCAGACACACGCUGGCGAACUACAGGGCCAGUUUGAAUCGUUAUCUAAUGUCGUUACCAGGAGGGCGGGUCGGUUGGCAGAACCUGAUGCGGAAUAGUGCAUUUGCUUCAUCAAAUGGCCUAUUGGACCAGAGAAAUGUGGAGGAAAGACAACGGGAGAAAUCGCUCAAGUCUAUACCCUUGUCUGCUGAUGACAGAGCAAAACUUCUCUCUAGUAACAUAACAGCGAUUACUAACCCUGUAGCCCUGCAGAGGAAAGUCUGGAUAGAUCUUGUCAUUCACUUUGGGUUGAAGGGCAAUCACGCAAUGUGGCUUCUAAGCCGAGACUCGUUCGUCCUACGGACAGACAGUAGAGGGCUGCGUUACUUCAUGCUUGACUACGAUGCUGAGAUAGGAAAGGCUUCUACCUACACACAGAUGAGGGACUGGCACUGGUCGUCACGUAUGUACGAGGUACCACAGUCGCCCUACUGUCCGGUAACGAGCAUGAAUUGGUACCUGUCCAAGCUGUCUGCCUCCGACAUUAACCUCUUCCAGCGCCCCCUGGAAAACGGUCAAUGGAGCGUCGUACCUAUCUGGUACCAGAGGCCGCUUGGUCUGCAGGCCAUCACGCGCAUGAUGAGCGAUAUCUCGAAGGCCGGAGACCUGUCAUGUGUGUAUACGAACACCUCUGUCCGCUCAACCGUCAACGAACUGUUGUUUGAAUGCUCUCUAACCUUUGACGUUAUGUUCCCAAGUUUAUCGCAGACUGGACCACAAUUUGCAGCCACAGAUGAUGAACAGAAGGCGAGCAGUCACACCAUUCAUAAACUGUUUUAUAGUGCAUGCUAUUUAGAUGCUUCUGGAAAUUUCGACGGUUCUUCAAGCAUGUAGGAAGCAGGAAGCAUAAUGCUGUUUCUGUUUUAACUCAAAUGUGAAUGUGAAAGGUUGUUUCGUUCAUAUCUUUUUAAUGUAUAAUAUUUUCCUUUUCACAGCUCCAAAAUGUAUAGUAUUGUUUCGUUUCCAAAUGUUAAACCCGUUAUUUUAUAUAAUAGGUUUGAAACUAUAAGAAUGUGUACUAUUGUUUCUUUCUCAAAUUUUAGGUUGUGUUGUUCCACUUAUAUAUUUCACCGGGCAAAGAUUUGGUUGAUGAACGAGAAUCUGUGAAUAUGUUUAAUAAAAAAAUAAUUUCAAAGUUUUACAAUAUGGUUUUAAGAUAAUUUUGUAUUUUUGUCUAGCACAGAUCGGCAGAUGAAUGAGAAGUUGUACAUUCUUUUAUUGAUAAUUUUGGGGAUUACGCCCAGUAAACAUUGAGUAGGUGAAUAUCCAGUUGUACAUGUGUUUGUCAUUCUUUUCCUAUUCUCUUUUUUGUUUCUUACCUCUUUUUGUUUGAAUCCAAGACGAUGUUCUAUUUCAACUAUACUUGAAAUCGAUAAAUGUGACGUCAUUUUUAAUAUAUAUAACUACAAGAUAAGUUCAUGCUAUGUAAAAAGACAAUGAAUCGUUUUGAUUUCAGUGUGCAAUAAAAUAAAAUGUGUUUUGUUC